UUUGCUAUGAGCUCCUCCUCUCAUUUCUAAUAAAAAGGAUAAAAUAAAGACUUAUCACUUCUCUACUUUUAUUCUUACAUCUUUGCAAAAACUAAUAACAGCCACAACUGCAACCAAUGCCUUAACUCUUUAAAAUUAAUCAAGUUUUACGGCAUGAUCCAAACCGAUGGUGUGGGCGUCUCAGUAAUCAAACAGAAUAAGGAAACAGCCAAAGGUGGUACACGGGAUACCAGUGGAAGAAGUUCAGCAAAGAAGGAUAAGGAAUUCACAUACAUUCACAGAGUACCACUGGUAAGUGUGUGUUUAUAAAUCCUGGAUGCAGAGACCUGUUGCACUGCAUGCACGAAAAUUGCAAAGCUGAAAAUGAUGGCAAUCUUUAUUGCUAUACAAGUAACCAAAGAACUAAGGAAACCAAGUCAAGAAAGUUUAGAAAGCUGCAGCAAGAUACGAAGCCUGAAUUAGUGAAACAAUGGGAAACACAUCUCUUCAAAUAUCCAGCUUCGACAGUCGAUGUUACAAAGUUUCAGAGUACUUGAAAGCAAGUUCCAGCGCAAAUGAGCCACUGCUCAAUUAUUACACAAAUGCAGACAGUCAACAUCAGGACCAGAAUAUCCUUCCAUUUAGAAAGCUCAAACUAUCAGCUUUUAUAACCAAAAGCAGCCUAAUAGCCGGCUUUCGAAAAUGCUAAGAGAAAAAUUUGCCAAGAAUUACAUUCUUGUUAUAGGGGAUUGGGUUGCCAAUAACGUCAAGUUCCGCGAGCCAAUACGAGGGAAGGGUAUGCGAAGGAUG